CGCGGAGAGGCCGCCCCCGAAGGCCAAGAAGAGCUCGCCCCCCCCGCCGCCAGAUUCCCUGACGAACGCGCAAAACACGUACCUCAUGAACCACCUCCGGCACAACGCGAAAGAUGGAAAUGCCCAGAGCGACUACGGGAAGGAGCGCAGCAUCGCCCUUGCAACGUUCAAGCAAUUCGGCGAGCAGAAGCAGAAGGAGUUCUACGACACGUUUAUGACCGAGAAGGAGAAGGGCGAGAAAGACACCAAGAAGCUGAAGGACCUGGCGCAUUCCUUCACAGCCGUUUAUGAGUCCUCGAACAGGGAGUCGACAAACAGCAGACAGGAAUGGGUCACAGUCACGCAGCUGAUGCAGGAGUUCGGGGUCAACCUGGGGAACUUCCCCACCGCGUCGGCGGGGUGCGAUUGGGCUCGCAACAAGUGGCGCAAGAACGCUGAGAAGCACAAGACGGCAGCAUCCCACCCGCCCCAGAUGGACACGGAAGAAAUCAUUGAUUCAUUAUAUUUUUACGUCAUCGGCGAUGGUCUGCAGACCGCAGCCGAGGAGAGGACGGGAGAGCAGUGGGCCUCAUACAAAGACUAUGGGAAGACAAGCAAGGGUGCGCUGGAGGACAUGGCUCGGGGGGCCGCGCCCGCGGGGCAGGGGGGCGGCGACGUGGGGAUGGAGAGCCAAGAGUACCGCGACAUGGCCGAAAAGCAGAAGGCGGCCGCCCUGCAGAGGCAGCAGAAGGACACGAAAGAGUUGAUGCUGAGUUUCGAUGCCAAGGUCAGGCCCGCGCACAAAGCGCUGAGCGACUUCCUCGACGCUGCAGAGCAUCUGCUGGCCGAGGCGGCAUGCAUCCCCGAGGGCGAACCCGACGACGAGAUGAUGAGGAAGACGAGGCAUGCGUCGCCAGUCCAGGUCGCGCUCGCGGAGAUGCACUUGGAGGGCGGCAAGAUCCGCGCGAAGCGUUGGAAGGGCGCGAAGUGA